AUGGCCCACGAAACCUUCGCCUUCAGCUCCUCGGCGCUGCGCUCGCUGCGGCUGCAGCGGGAGCUGCUGGAGCGGGAGGAUCGGCGGCGAGCGCUGGCCCGGGCAUCGGCCCCGCGUCGCCCCCUGCCCGGGACCCCCCGCGCCCCCCCGAGCCCCCCCCGGCGCCGCCAGUUCUGCCGGGACCCCGCCGUGCACAACGCGCUCUACGCCGGGGACCUGCCCCGCGUCCAGAACAUCUUCAGGGACGAGGCCACCGCGAAUUUGGUGUUGGAGAUGGUCAGCGAGGAGCUGGUGUGGUCACCGGACCAGGGGCUGUGGGUGCUGAGCCCCCGCCCGCAGCACACCUCCGCCCUGCGCAUCGCCGCCGCCCGCGGCUACGAGGACUGUGCCCGGCACCUGCUGCUGCGGGGGGCGGCCGUGGACGCCGUGGUGGGGGGCCGGGCUCCCCUGCACGACAGCGCGGCCGCCCCCCACCCCAACUGCGCCCGCCUGCUCCUGGCCUUCGGCGCCGACCCCAACGUGCUGAGCGCCGACGGCUCGGCCCCGCUGCACCUCUGCACCGCGCCCCACAGCCUCAGGUGUGCGGAGCUGCUGCUGGCGCACGGGGCACAGGUGAACCUGGGCACGCGUGAGCGGCAGGUGACAGCCCUGCACGUGGCCGCGCGCCAGGGCCUGGUGGCCCACGUGGAACUGUACCUGCACCACGGCGCCGACCCCUCCCAGCGCACCCACCAGGGCGAGACCCCCCUGAACGCGGCGGCGGCCGCGGCCGAGCGCCCCGAGGACGCCGAGCGCUUCCUGCUGGUGGCCGAGAGGCUGCUGGAGGCCGGCGCUGACCCCGGGGCCGCGGGGCGCAAGGGCCACACUCCGCUGCACAACGCCUGUGCCAACGGGCACCCCGCGCUGGCCUGGCUGCUGCUGCGCCACGGCGCCGAUGCCACCGUCCCCAACAGCGCCGGGGACACCCCCAUGGACUGCGCCCUCCACGCCGUGCUCGAGUACCGGGAGCAGCGGCCCGAGGAGAUCAUCGCGCUCCUGCUCGACCACGGAGCCCUCCCCGCGCACCCCAAGAUGCUCAGGCUGUGCUGCCAGCACCCGCCGGCGCUGGAAGUGAUGCUCAACGCCUACGACCGCGUGCCCCCCGCCGAAGGCUGGGUGGAGGCCGUGCCCCCCGAGCUGUGGGAGGAGCACCAGGAGUUCUACGCCUCGGCCGUGCGCAUGGCGGGACAGCCACGGCGGCUGCAGCACCUGGCACGUGUGGCCAUCCGGCGUCACCUGGGCGCCCGCUGUCACGCCGCUGUCCCCAAGCUGGCACUGCCACCCUCCCUGCGCCGCUACCUCCAGCUGCCCGUCGAGGGUCUCAUCUCCUGA